UAUAAUACUGAACAGAGUGGAUAGGAUAGAAAGUGAAAAAAUGACGAAGGCAUUCAUCCGGAUUCUAUAUGGAGAGGGCGAGAAAGGCAGGGCACUAGAACUUGACGGUCACGCAGCGGCUGUUUCUGUCGGAGGCAAAGAACCAUUGAAAACCUGCUUUGACUUUGAUGUUACAUUAUAACACAUCCCAACGACGAACCCCUCGCCCCCGCAGGCAUUUAUCCAUUUCUUCUUCCUUCCACUCUCCCAACGUUUAUUCUAACUUCUGGAAUCUCUGGCUCUCUUUUGGUUCAAUACCAGGUUCCGUUCCUGCUUUCUUUUUCCGAGCUUGAUGGAUAUUGGCCAUGUAAGCUGCUGCUUCUGACUCUUCCUGACUGCAUGCCAGCAUAAUGAUUUGCUCUCCCUUCAGCACAUAUCUGAAACAGGGGGUCCACCUGAGUGGGUGUGUGCGAAGACAAAUGAGCAAGCAUGCAUGUGGUAUCAUCUCUCAAAUACCAUGCAGUUGUGAUUUCUCUCUCUCAGCUGGCUACUCUAAGCAUCAUGUUGAUGUAUCAGUUGCUACGAAGUCUUAUUCAACUGUUUUUCACUUUCAAGGGUUACACAAAAGCUGCUGCAUUCAGUCUUGUAUCCCCAUAAAGAGGAACAAUCGACAGUCCUUAAUGGUUACAAAUGUAGGUUGUACAAACAAACCCCAGAAGAUAUGUCUUGACCUUUCAUUUGGGUGCCAGGAUACUUAUCUGAAGAUUGUGGUGCCAAAACGAAGAAGAGUUCCCAAAAUCAAGUAUAGUAAGGGAACAAUCUCUUGGCCACAACACUGUGCAUCUACAGGCUUAAUUUUUGGAUUAUUGGUUUGUUAUUCAGCUUCUGAGCCAGUAAAUGCUGAAACAGCACAGCCAGAUGAGAAUACGGACAAUUCAUCUGUCAGCUUUUCACAUGGGAAGAAAGUCUACACUGAUUACUGCAUUACCGUUACAGGCAUACCUGGGGAUGGUAGGUGUUUGUUUCGUUCUGUUGCUCAUGGAGCUUGCUUACGAUCAGGGAAGCCAGCUCCUGAUGAGAGCCUUCAAAGGGUAAUGGCAGAUGAAUUACGAGCCAGAGUUGCUGAUGAAUUUGUCAAGAGGCGAAAAGAGACAGAAUGGUUUAUAGAAGGUGAUUUUGACACUUACAUAUCGCGAAUGCGGAGGCCACAUGCUUGGGGAGGGGAGCCUGAAUUGCUCAUGGCAUCACAUGUUCUUCAGAUGCCGAUCACAGUGUACAUGCACGAUCAGGAUUCCGGUGGGUUGAUAGCCAUCGCCGAGUACGGCCAAGAGUAUGGCAAGGACAAUCCUAUCCAGCUACUGUACCAUGGCUUUGGGCAUUAUGAUGCAUUGCAGAGUCCUGGAAAGAAGAGUGGUAAAUCCAGACUCUAGGCAAAUUUGAAGUUAAAGAGAGAACAAAUGAACUGGUAUCAAUACCAUCAAGGAUCUACCUCCCAUAAAGGAGGAGAAAGGCUAAUAUUAGCGUGCUUCAUUCUGUAUUUACAUAAUUUUUCUGUUUCUGGUUAAAAUAAAAGGACCACCUUUAUCUUCUUGUGCCAAGACUGUGUUGUGACAAAACAUUCUCACGUUCUCUGGUAGAUGUGCACAAACUUUGUUUAA